UUGUCGCUCUAUGGCUGUGCUAGUAGGUUUACAUGUCACUCCGAGACUUAAAGCAUAUUAAUAUCACAAAGCUAAUUUAAUUUCUGAGAACGUCUUAUGGUAUAUAUAUUUUUAUAGAAAAAAUAAUCUAAAUUAUUUAGUGCUGUUUCUAUAUUUGUAUAUUUAAAUUUUAUAUUUUUUUCUUGCUAAUUUUAUUUAUUGUAAAUUUGAGAUUGGUGUAGGAAGGAAGCCAUUAUUUGCGCGCCAUACACAACAAUUAUUCGAUUAAUUGCUAGACUGCCGUCACAGAAUAAAUAAGUCCUUAUUUAUUCUGUGCUGCCGUGGUGUCUAAUUUUGAGGUGAAUGUGUGGUUCUACCUGGAAGGUCCAGCAUUCCCAUCAUUCCAGUUUAAAAUGGACGCGAGUGCAUUCACAGUGGGUUCUGUGUCGCAACUGACUACUGAGUUUACGCGACGAAACAACGCGGAGAGUGUGACGCUGCAGUCGAGUGUGCCUGCCGCUUGCCUGAGCGAGCCGUGCGUGUUGGGGGUGGACGAGGCGGGCCGCGGGCCAGUGCUGGGGCCGAUGGUGUACGGGGUGUGCUACUGCGUGGCAGGGCGCGUGGGUGUGCUGUCUGAGUUGGGCUGCGCAGACUCCAAGAGUCUGACAGAGGAGAAGCGGGAGCAGAUAUUCGAGCAGCUGUGCGCGCAGACAGACUGUGUGGGCUGGGCCGUGGAAGCCAUUGCCCCCACCACCAUCUGCAACAGCAUGCUUCGCAGGCAGAAGUGCUCGCUGAAUCAGGUGGCACAGGACUCGACAGUGGCGCUGGUGAGGCGUGUUCUGUGUGCGGGUGUCAACCUCACAGACGUGUUUGUGGACACGGUGGGACCCGCGGACAAAUACCAGGCCGUGCUCGCCAAGCUGUUCCCGCGGCUGCGCGUCACGGUGGAGAAGAAGGCGGACGCCAGCUUCCCUGUGGUGAGCGCGGCUAGCAUCUGCGCCAAGGUGUCGCGCGACCGAGCGCUCGCGGCCUGGAGCUUCCAGGAGGGCCUGCAGCUGUCCGGUGACGCGUACGGCAGUGGCUACCCCAACGAUCCGGUGACGAAGGCGUUCCUGGUGCAGAACGUGGACCGGGUGUUUGGCUUCCCCCAGCUGGUGCGCUUCAGUUGGUCAACGGCCGGGCGUGUGCUCGAGGAGCGAGCCGCACGCGUCCAGUGGGAGGAUGAGGAGGCGGACUGCGCGCCCAUCACGGCCUUCUUCCAGCCUCGGGGACCGCGGCAGCGUGCCACCGACUUCCUGCUCAAGAGGAACCUGUCCCGGUCGAGCGCGCUCUGAGACUCCGUCUGCCCCCCCGCUUGGUCCCAGCACCCUCCACGUUCUAUCACAACUAUAUCUGUAUUGUAUAGUAUGGUGAUGGUACUAACUCACUUCAGUUAUCAUGCGACAUGACCAUUGUCAAAGUGCUCUUCAUCAAUAAACAUUUUACCAUUCUUACAA